AUGGAGGUGGAUGAAAAGCACGAUUCGAAAGCAGCGGAAGCCCCUAAAGCGCCUUCAAUCGAGGAUUUUAUCAUUUUGAAGCCCAUCAGUCGAGGUGCUUUUGGUAAGGUGUACCUCGCUCGGAAGAAGUGCAAUGCCCGGUUAUACGCUAUAAAGGUGAGCAUAGUCUAUCUUUGACAACCUUUGAGUGAAACUAGAGUUAAAUUAUCACUUGUACCGAGUUCCUGGUUCCUUUUGCGUCCCCAAGAAGUAAUCAUUCAUAAAAUUAUGAUAACAAAUGAAUGUGUAAUUUAAAAAUAUAACAUUACCAUGUCUUCUGUACUUAAUAUAACAUCAAAUUAUAGUCAAUUAAUAUCAUUCUAAAUAAUUAAAAUCACUUUUAUGCUGAUGAGGGUAAGGUUUUUGGCCUGUCCCUCACUACUAUUUUUGUAGAAUUUGUAAAAUGUUGGCAAAAUGUUAAAAUUUUCACAUUUACAUAUUGUUUUAAGUAUGAUGUUGCAUCAUCUCUCAGCUAGAGACUCGCCAUUAUCAUUUAAAUGACAUUAUAUUUUAGAUUGGGCCAUUUCUCAACAUUUCUAAAAUAUAUUAUUCACAUUCUAAAAAAUAUCUGAUACAGUAGAUAUAAAAAGUCUACACACCCCUGUUCAACUGCCAGGUUUUUGUUAUGUAAAAAAACUAAAUCAAGAUAUAUAAUUUCACAACUUUUUCUGCCUUUAAUGUGACCUAUAACCUGUACAACACAACUGAAAAAAUAAACAGAAAUCUUUCAGGGAGGUGACGUAAAAAUAAACAACUGAGAUCAUGUGGUUGCAUAAGUGUGCACACCCUUUAAUAACUGGGGAUGUGGCGGUGUUCAGAUUUAACCAAUAACAUUCAAACUCAGGUUAAAUCAGAGUCAGCACACACCAAUUAAAGUGCCUCUGAUCAACCCCAAACAAAGUUCAGCAUUUCUAGUUGGCUUUUCCUGAUAUUUUUGUAGCCAUAUCUUCCAGCGCAAGCCAUGGUCCGCAGAGAGCUUCCAAAGCAUCGAGGGAUCUCAUUAUUCAAAGAUAUCAGUCAGGUGAGGGCUACAAAAGAAUUUCUAAGGAAUUAAAUAUACCAUGGAACACAGUGAAGACCGUCAUCAUCAAAUGGAGAAAAUAUGGCACAACACUGACAUUACUAAGAACAGGACAUCCGUCCAAAAUUGAUGAUAAGACAAAAAGAAAACUGGUCAGGGAGGCUACCAAGAGGCCGACGGCAACACUGAAGGAGCUGCAGGAAUUUCUGGCAAGUACUCACUGUGUAGUACAUAUGACAACAAUCUCCUGCUGUCUUCAUACGUCUGGGCUAUGGGGUAGGGUGGUAAGAUGGAAGCCUUAUCUUACAAAGAAAAACAUCAAAGCCCGGCUUGAUUUUGCAAAAACACAUCUCAAAUCUCCCAAACACGUGGGAAAAUGUGUUAUGGUCUAAUGAAACCAAAGUUGAACUUUUUGGACAUCAUUGCAAAAGGUAUAUUUGGCGCAAAAUCAACACUGCUCAUCACCAAAAGAACACCAUACCCACAGUGGAGCAUGGUCUUGGCAGCAUCAUGCUUUGGGGCUGUUUUUCUUCAGCUGGAACUGGUGCCUUAGUCAGGCUGGAGGGAAUUAUGAACAGUUCCAAAUACCAGUCAGUGCUGGUACAAAACCUGCGGCUAGAAAGCUGAAGAGGAACUUCAUCUUUCAGCACGACAAUGAUCCGAAGCACACAUCUAAAUCAACAAUAGAAUGGCUUUACCAAAAUAAGAUUGAGGCUUUGAAAUGGCCCAGCCAGAGUCCAGACCUGAAUCCCAUCGAACAUUUGUGGGGUGAUCUGAAGAGGGCUGUGCAUAGGAGAUGCCCUCGCAAUCUGUCAGAUUUGGAGUGGUUUUGCAAAGAAGAGUGGGCAAAUAUUGCCACAUCAAGAUGUGCCACGCUGAUAGACUCCUACCCAAAAAGACUGAGUGCUGUAAUAAAAGCCAAAGGUGCUGCAACAAAGUAUUAGUUUAAGGGUUUGCAUAUUUAUGCAACCAGGUUAUUUUAACUUUUCUAUUUUUUAUUUUUUUCCCUUAAAGGUUUCAGUUUGUUCUUCAAUUGCGUUGUACAGGUUAUAGGUCACAUUAAAGGUGGAAAAAGUUGUGAAAAUAUUUAUCUUGUUGUCAUUUUCUUACAUCAUAAAAACCUGGCAGUUGAACAGGGGUGUGUAGACUUUUUUUAUCCGCUGUAUGUACCAUCUACUGCAUAUUUCUAAUUAGAAAUAUUGUAUUCUGUUAAGUUUAUGUUGGUAGCAGGGUUGACAAGAUGAUGAAAACAGCCAGGAGAAAAACGGUUAUAAAAUUUGAAAUAACACAGCCUGAGAUGGCACAAUCUAAUUUCCUGCCAUUUUAAACAUUCUUUGAUUUCUGGGUACUUAGAAAAUUAAAAAUUGAAACUAUAUUUAAUUGUUAAUUUUUAAGUUGAAAAGGCACCGAUGUCUUGGAAUGACCCUCCUGUUUCACGUUGUAGUUGGUUGGCGGGAGUAAGAUUAGUUUCCCCUAGUCGUAUAAAGGUGUAUUUUAGUAAUAAACCUUUAUAAUAUAACUCAACUACGGACUCUCCAUCCAUCUUAUUAUGUUGUGUUUUCUUUUCAGAUGAUGAAGAAAGCAGACAUGGUUGGUAAAAAUAUGACGGGCCAGAUGAAAGCAGAAAGGGAUGCACUCGCUCUGAGCAAGAGCCCCUUCGUGGUCCACCUGUUUUACUCCCUUCAGACAGACAGCAAGAUCUAUCUGGUAACACCCACUGGUAAACCAAUGAUAACACUCCCACAUGACAAUACAGAGCUGUUGAUUGAUCUGUUUUGUCAUGUUGAUUGCAGGUUAUGGAAUAUCUCAUUGGUGGAGAUGUCAAAUCUCUGCUUCACAUCUAUGGAUAUUUUGACCAGGAUAUGUCUGUGAAGUACAUUUCAGAGGUGGCUCUCGCUUUGGACUACCUCCAUCGUCAUGGUAUCAUUCAUAGGUACUGUUCUGCCUUUUCUUUCUUUCCUUUUCGCUUCUUUUAAGUCAAAUCUAAAACCUCACUUUUACAGAUUUGCUUUUGAUGUGACGCCGUCUUUUCCCUUUUUUUUCUUUUACCUCUAUCUUAUUUCGACUUACGCUCCUUUUAGCCUUUGUUUUACUUAUAAUCUUUUCUUAUUCAACCUUUGAGGCCUUUUAUUGAUUUUAUUGUUUUUUCCUGCUCAUUUUUCUCAUUCCAUUUAUCAUUAAUAUUACCAUCAUUAUUAUUUUAUUAUGAUUUUAUUAUCAUUUUUGUUAUUGUCUUUUUUAUAUUUACUAUCCUGUUUCCUGCUUUCUACCUCCCCUUUUUUAUUACAUUUCUUCUUCUGACCUAUUUUAUGUUUUUAUUUUGGUCCUCAUGGUCUCAUUUUAUGUUGUAGGGUCCUCGAAUUGUCUGGGUUUCUUAUGACAAAUGAAAUUGGCCUUCAGUUUGGAGGUUUUGUUUUUAACUGAGCUUUUGUUUUUUAUUUGUUUUUAUUUCCAGUUAUUAUUGUUAUCAUUAUUAUUAUUAUUAUUAGAAGUAGUAGUAGUAGUAGUAGUGGUAGUAGUAGUAUUCUAUGCUCAUAAAGAGGGAGUAUUAUGCUUGUUUUUAGGUUUAGCACUCCAAGAGAAGCCUCUUCCAAUGUUGCCAUGUCAGUCAUUCACGAGACAUAUUGACGUCGACUCGAAUGAUUCAUUUUCAGGGACUUGAAGCCAGACAACAUGCUCAUAUCCAACGAAGGACACAUCAAACUGACGGACUUUGGCCUCUCUAAGGUCAAACUUGACAGAGGUAUGAAAUGCAUCAGCUCUUCACUCUAAUAAAUUGUCACUAUCACCACUAUAAAUGUUCCUAAUGUUUCCUUUUGUUGUGUUUGUGCUCUCCAUCAGAGCUGAGCCUUAUGGACAUCCUCACUACUCCAUCCUUGGCUAAACCUAAACAGGAUUACUUCCGCACCCCGGGUCAAGUCCUCUCUUUGAUCAGCUCCCUUGGAUUUGUGAGUGAAUUUACAUAAUUUUACUGUCACAUACAUUUGAUUCCUAGAAUUUUGUUUUGUCAGGAUUUUAAUGUAAAACUUUUUCUUUCACACAGAACACACCUGCAGGAGAAGGGAAGCGUCACUGCAGUGCAUCUGCUGUAUCCAGCCCUAUGUCCUGUGGCAGAAUGAAGCCCAAGAAUAACUCUCUGGGGUCUCCGUCCAUGAAGAAGAAAGAUCAGCUGUCUUCUCCAACUGUCUUCCCCUGGAAAAUGGGUAGAUGGCUUUUUGUUAUUGCUUUGUUUCACAAGAAUUCACAAGUAACGCAGUAGCUUUAACACAGUUAUGAAUCCAGAGUGCAGUUUUCUGGCGAUCCCUUACCUUUGUAAAUGUCCUCUAUGGUUGAUCUGUUUCCAGGACUGAAGAACAUCAUGUUUAGUCCUCACUGCCUGGCUAGAAAUCUCACUCCUACACUGAUGAAGACGAGGAAAAGGUUUGAGACGAUGAGUGGAGGCAGCACCACAGACACCGAAGGCGGCGUCAUCAGCCCUCUGUGGGAGUGUGAGGAGGUCAGUGAUCUUAUUAAAGUGUUUUAUCUUGUAGUCAGGGUGAUCCAGACGGACACUUUUACCUGAAAAUACAAAUAUUUGCGAUUGAGUGUCAUGAAUUGACAGACAAAGACACUUUUAUAAUGUUAUAAUGUCUUAACCGUUUUUCUUCUCAUCCUUGAGUUCAAAUAAAUGAUUUCCUUUCUUUUCAUUUUUGUAUCGCAGAAAGAAAAUGAACAGAGGAGUCGACAGAACUCUGAACAGAACUGUGCGCUAACCAAACCCGGCAAUUUUGGUUUCUCUGCAAAGACCGCCAGCAAUCCGUCAAAUAAGUCUAACUCAGGCCAACUUGCAGAGAAGAGGCCCCACAGCACAUCAGUUCCUCCUGUGAAGAGAACGUUCUCUGAUAUCGAGAAAAGCCCAGAUCCAUUCGAGGCCCAGGCCAAGAAGAGUAAUUCCCGCUAUAAGAGGUGUUUUGAGAUCCCAGAUGACAGUGUGGGGUUUCACACCGGCCUGACUGGAACAUUUUCUGCAAUCCAAAUGGGCGACUUUGUUGCCUCCACAGAGAGAGUGGAACCAACCGAAGACAGGGUCCCAAAGCGCUCCAGUCCCAUCGCCAUUGCAAAAAGUCUAUUUUGUGAACUGGAGGAGCCGCCGGAGGACGUAUUUGAAGAUGGAGCCAAAGACUUGUCUCACUCGAGUUUCACAUCACCACUUGCAGGGAGCAAUGACGUCUGCAGGAGCCUGAGCCUCGACUCUGACGGGUCCAUGCAUGAAACCUCUCUGACAGCUGAUAGUCAUGCAUCUUUAAAGCCGGAAAAGAGCUUCACACACGCAAAUUCAGCAUCGUUUGAGGAGCAAGAUGAUGGUAAAGACUCAUCCAUCACUGAAUCACUCCCACAGACCAGAUCUGCUGUCACGACUGAAACCCCUAAACUCUGUAACUUAACUCAGAGAGGUGAAUCUCAGUGCGCCUUCCUCAACCGGCUCCCUGAUCUCUGCGGCGUGACACAGUCCCCCUCGUUCCUCAAACCACGAAACGUCGUGGCUUUCCGUAGCUACUGCAGCUCCAUCAACCGCUCGAACAUGUCCCGGCUCAGCGUCGGGUCUAUCGAUGUUAUGGAUGUGUCCACAACAGCUUCUUAUCACUCUGCAUCUGGGGCAGCAACACCAGUACAGAGAAGACCCAACUCCAACAGCUCUCUUUACCAGGUGAGACACAGUUUGAAGAGACGGGAUGAUGGGAAAGAGGUGUUUGGCAUUGGUUCUCUGAUUGUAGAGCCUUCACUCAGCAUAGGCAAACUUGGUAACUGCAGGUUGGUUGUACAAACGUCAAAGAAGAAAUCACAAAUAAAAUAGAUUUUGAUGAGUUUGCUGUUCGGCUUUAUGAUGAGGAUUUGAGAUGAUAAUGUAAUGAUCAAAAACACAUCUUCAUGUGUGUGUGUCCUCUUACCUCCUUCUCACAUCAGACCCCUCAGCCCAUGUCGACCUCUCACACCCCUUUCAGGACUCCGAAGAGCGUCAGAAGAGGAGCAGUGCCUGUAGAGGGUGCUCCCAUUUUAGGAACUCCUGACUACUUGGCUCCAGAGCUUCUUUUAGGGAAACCACACGGUAAGAAAAGAAAUGUAAAGAAGAAACCCGACAUCGAAAAAAAGAAAAGAGAGCUGGUCAAACACAUUUGAUGUUGCAUUGUUGAUGUUGGAGUCCUUGUGACGGGCAUUUUCUUUGAGUUUCAGGAAGUUGUGAGUGCGGUAAGUUUGUGACAUUGCUCGCCUUUCGCAAGCGAGCCUGCAUGUUCGCUCAGCUUGCUCAUACGCUAUAAGGAAAUGUGCUGAUCCUCCUCCCAUUUUCCUUUCCCUGCUGGUUCUGGUUCUGGUUCUGCCCCCUGGACGGGUGAAUUAGCUAUGGGCCUGAUCAGAGGGAGCAGGGCGGCGUAUUUAAAGUGUGUGAUUACAAGAGCUGGAAAAAUGGGAUCAUCCCUUUGUGUUUAACUAACUGCAUUGUUUCAAGUCUGGAAAUCAGUGUUUUUUUUAAGGCUGACGUGCUUUUGAUUGGACAAGAGGGUUUGUUUUUGACAUUUAGCAACUGACACGUAAAAUGUCGCCUAAUAAUGAUGAACUGAUCGGACAUUUUAUGACUCGACUGUAAAGCUGCGGGCAGUAUUUCUUGUCAGUUGCACGAUGCCAUUGUUUAGCAUGGUCACUGCCAUAUUGAUUCAUGAACAGUAUUUCUGUGACAUGAAUGAUUCUGUGUGAUAAAUUUUAAUCCUCUGCUGCCAAGUAUUUGUCUUAACUCACUAAGAACGUCUUAAACAGCUGUAAAUUUAACUUUAAUACUUUAUACUUAUAACAGCUGUGAAAGUGACAUAUUUCUCUUGAUAAUAUUUCCUCACAGUUAUUUAGAGUCCCACUCAUGAAUGAAGAGAUGUAAAUGAGUUGAACCCCUCCAUCCUCAGUCUAACACAGUCCCUGCUUUUGCCACUGCGGUGUAGUCAGAGCACUCUAACAGGAAUCAUGCGUUUGGAUCCAGAUACUGUCUGAAAUGUGUUUUUUUUCUUUAGACUACAUGGUGGAUUGGUGGGCGCUCGGCGUGUGUCUUUUCGAGUUCCUCACAGGUGUGCCGCCUUUCAACGACGAGACGCCACAACUAGUUUUCCAGAAUAUUCUCAACAGAGGUUGGUUUGUUUGCUUGUUGGUUUUACUUUUCUGAUCAUACUGGACAACAUGCUCAUCACAGUCCCAUAUGAUGGUCCUCUUAGCGGUUUUCAAUGUUUCUGAGAUGUUUUUUAAACAUGGUUCAGUCCUGUUCAAAACCAUCUCAUCGUAAGCCAUUGUAGAUGAUCUGCAGCCUCUCAGUUUCUCCAUGCAGUGAUCUAAGAAGGGAGAGUGCCGACGUGUAGACAAAUGCAGAGGCAGAAAAACACCAAAUUAAACUUUGCGAACUCCUGCCAACAUCAGGACAAAUGUUCUCAUAACAAAACAGUACGUACGAAUAAAAGUGGCGACUCCUAACUAUGACGUGUCUGCUGUCGAGGAUCAUGAACUGUUGAUAAGAUCCUUUUAAAGAACCCAGCUUAUCCAAGCGGUGCAGGGCUCGACACUGGCAUUUUCGACUAAAAAUAGAUGUGUGCGAAUUGUAAAAUGUAUUUAGGGGCACUUUUGCGCAUAAAAAAAUAGCCGAGGCAACAAAUGUUUUUUCAUAUAAAUACCGCGGUGAAGUUAGUUUUAGGUCUGAUAUUCGGUGGACAUUCACCGCGGAUCUUUCUGGUAUCUUAAACUCUCCAUAACCAGGAAUAGCAACAGCAGCAGUGAGGUUAAAUCUUCUCAGCAUCCUCGCUGUCAUCGUCAGGUGUUGAAUAAGGGACCGUCAAUAAAUUACCGGUUGAUGUUCUUAGAAAAGGCUGUUUUCCUUCGAUAGCUUCCAAGUCAUGUGACCAAAAAAACUAAAAUUGAUUUCAAAUAAUAGUACUUAAGUCGACCAAUAAGACAAACAUUAUUUGAUCAAUUUUCAUUGUGCCCCUAAAGCUCUUUGUGCGCUCCUUACUUUUUCAAUUUCGGAGCACACGCACUCCAUGUGAAAAAUGUUAGUGUCAAGCCCUGCAGCCUCUGUUUUCUUUCGUCCCGCAGCACCCAGAACAAAAUAAAGACUUUUUGUUUGUUUUUGCAAUCAGCAAUUUCUGCAUACGGCUCUACCCUUUUAUAACACUGAUUCAAAACCUUCAAUAAGCAUCAGAGGAAGCAGAAUUGCUUGAGGAGUUGGAGCGGUUUGGCAUACAAAUGCAAAGUGCUCCUGUCGUUACAUCAUCACCGGAGCAAACGCCAUUCACUGCGGUAAAGCAGAGGCUUGAGGAAGUUUAUAAUACAGGCUGUAAUUGGUGCAAAGUCUGUAUUAAACAUCAAAUAUGCUGAACAAUGUCCUCUUAAUUCCCUGUGCCGUAAAAGAUAGUAUGAAGUGCAGACAGUCUUUUCUUUAACUACCUCUUGUCCGUCGCUCUAGAUAUCCCCUGGCCUGAGGAGGAGGAGGAACUGCCUGAGAAUUCAAGAAACGCAAUUGAAAUCCUCCUCGCGAUGGACAUGACGAAACGAGCUGGUCUGAAAGGUGAGGACCUUUUUUUCCUCUAACUUUAAAUAUCGAUGAGACCUUCAUAGACCGUCGCAUAAAUGUUACCUGAGAGCUGGAUUUCUUCUGAUAACGUUGCUCGACAUUUUUGUCACUUCCAUUCCAACCCUCAUUGUCUGAGAUGAUUUGGUUCAAGUCUUAAUCAUGCUUUUAACUCAAAUCAAAGCUUCUGGAUCGGUUUCAGGUUUGAGACAUGUAAAAGAGGCUUUAUCUGUGGACUAUGUCAUACUUGCUUUGGGAAGUACACUCUGGUUCUGAGUCGUUCAUUGUUGUCUGAACCUCCUCCAGAGCUUAAGUGUCACCCCCUGUUUGAUGGCCUGGACUGGGACAACCUGCAGAACCAGCCGAUGCCUUUCAUUCCUCAGCCAGAGGAUGAAACCGACACUUCAUACUUCGAUGCAAGAAACAACGCUCAGCACAUCGCCGUGUCGGGCUUCAGUCUGUAGAAACAGACACCAUCAGCUGUGAGAGCUCGGGCAACACGAGAGAAAACACACUAUAUGCUGA